UACUUUCUUCAAGUCGAGUAUUUGAAAAAUUCGCAGUCAGUUCUGUAUUUUCCUUAAAAUAAAUUUUUGGAUUUUUAAAUAGUUUAAACCAAUCUAAAAUGGAUUCUUCUCACCUUGUUACUAUAAUGGAAAAACCCAUUCAGCAUAUUGGCUUGGCUGAUUGGCAUUCUCGGGUAAAUCAAUUGAGAAAUGUUGCAAAUGCACGACGAAAUGAUGCCUUUGAUAUAAGACACUUAUCACGAACACUUCGUAAUGAAACUAGAAUUGAGGCUGAUUGGAGUAAUUAUGAAAGCAAUGAAGCCCUCUCCUCAAGGAUUGCCGAACUCAAUCGUUGGCGUAUAACAAUUCAGAAAGCUUAUGAUAGAAUCGUUCAAGAAGUUAAUUUAUUGAAGGAAGAAUGUGCUUCAACGGAACGUGAAUUGGAAGCAAUGACUACACCUUUAACUGUCGUUGCUGAAUGUUUGACUAUGCGUGAUAGUCGACUUGGUUCUGAGCUUACGAAUGAUGAUGCUGAUACAGAGCUUAAGAAGGAACUAUCAGUUGUUGAGAAUAAUCAUAGACUUUUGAGAGAGCAAUGUCAUGCUGCAUGGGAGAAACUUAUUCGUCUGGAAGAGGUUCAGCAAAAAAUAGCCAACGCAUUGGAUCAUAAGAUUGAUGCUGAAAAGAUUGAUGCUACUCAACUUGAGUUGAAUAAACUCUCUUCGAAUAUUACUUUUAAAACUGAUCCGACAAGGCAUCCAAGAAAUUCUUGCACUUAUCAAGCUUGGCUUGAGUCCACAAAAAAUCUCAAGCAGAUGGCUGAAAAUGAGCUAACAGAUACGUAUUCUGUCCGAGAAUCGUUGUUUGUUGCUCGGGAAAAAGCUAGAAAUAUCUUGAUUUCGCAACAAGAUAGAACUGAACAUACUAUUCGAAAGAGAAUCUUUGAAACUCAGCGAGCUCGUAACGAGCUUGAAUGGCAAAAGCUUAAGAUGAAAGAGGAAAUGCAAAAAGUUCAUGGAGAAAUAAGAAAUCUUGAACAAGCUCUUCGAGAUAAAACGGAUGCUUUAAAAUUAGCUGAAACUAGACUUGAAAACAGAACAGAGCGUUUAGGGAUUGAAAAAUGUCUAGAUGAGCCAUAUGACAAGUUGUGUCUUGAGGUCUCAGCUAUAAGAACGAUUCGGAGAAAUUUGGAAGAUCAGAUAGAUGCUGCAAGAACUAGUUACAAUAUAUUAGAAGAACAUGAACAUAAAAUUGAUGAGGAUCUUAAUAAUAAACAACAUUCUCUUAUGACCGAUAUUAAAGCUUUGGAUUUGAGAGCCCGUUUGAGGGGAGGUGAGUUUGUGGAGACGAUGAGUGGUCCGUCUGCGCAAACGGAACGGAAUAUAAAAUUGACUAGAAUGGAAGAUGAAGUACCAAAAAAUUGAAUCUUUUGUUCCAUGUUUGUAAUUUAGCAAUGAAAUUUUAAUAACUGUCUUGAAAUAAUAAGAAUCAUAUACUACAUUAAAAUCAAACUUAUUAAACUUAAA